AUGAUUAAUAAUUUACAACCCUUAUUUGGUAUGUAUAAGGAACUUUGGAUCGAAAACGCAACUUAAUUAAAAGAGGCCUUGGAGAAAUGGGAUCAGCAUUAAUUAAAAUCCUGGCUCCAAAAAAUGGAAAGAACCAUAUUUACAUUCCAAUAUGAUGAGAGUAUUGGACUGCUAGAUGAGUUUUAACCGAAUUAUAUCUAGAAUUUGCCCAAUGACAUGGGCAUAUAAUGUAACAAACUAAGGACUAUGUUUUAGAAUAACUCAACUUAAUAUCUAAUAGUGAACACUUAUCUAAAAUUGUUACGCUGUUUGAAAAAAUCCCUUGAACCUAUUUAUAACUCCACUCAUUUACUUAACUCAAUAAGAAAUCUGGAAUUAUACCUUUCCUCUCCAUUGAAUUAAAAUACUAUCAAGCCUUAAGAAUGCAAUUGCACAGCAUUUUGAUAUUAGUUUAUAAAAUAUACAAAUUUACUAUAUGAAUCAGAAUUUAA